GGCGGGGUUGUGAUGCGGCCGUUGUUUUUGUAGGGUCGCGGUGAGGCUUGAGAAAGAGCGGCCCAUGGAGCCGGGAAGCGCCUGGAGGACGGUAUAACCCUCCUUUAUCCCAGCUCCCUUCCGCCGCUUUGUUAGCGCAAUAAAGAGGAAAGGGAGCGCUUCCCAGUACAAUAAUGGGAGCCCGGCUCCUUCCCCAUGGGCCGCCGCUGAGCAGCGGAAAGAAUGUCGGCGCGGGCCGCGGGUGACGUCAGGAGGGAGCAGCGCAGCGCGGCGGCGGUUAGGCAGCGGCAGCGGCGGCCCCGCCACGGCGAAGGAGGAGGAGGCGGAGGCGGAGGCGGGAGCGGCGCCGGCCCCGCCGCCACCGCAGCGGCAAUGGCGGCCGUCGGAGAGCGCAGGUCCCUGCCCAGCCCCGAGGCGAUGCUGGGGCAACCCUGGAGCCAUUGGGUCGAUGCUGCUAAACUUCACGGGAACGACGGAACGGCGUUAGAAGAAAGUUUCAAGGAAUACGGCCGGAACCGAGAAGCAAUGCGACUUUGCCGAGAAGAUAUGCCAAUAUUUGGUCUUUGCCCGGCUCAUGAUGAUUUCUAUUUGGUGAUGUGUAACCACUGUAAUCAGGUCGUAAAACCACAGGCAUUUCAAUCACAUUAUGAAAGAAGACACAGCUCCUCCAGCAAGCCACCUUUGACUCCUCCCUCCUCUUCAGUAUUUUCCCUCAUUUCAUCCUUCCCUUCAAAAAACAAAGGUAGCUGUGGAAGUGGGAGCAAUCGUUCAUCCAGUGGAGGUACUAGUGCAUCAUCAUCAAAUUCCAAGUUGUUGAAAUCACCCAAAGACAAGCUGCAGAUGAGCGGAAACAACAGGUUAAUGCAUUCGGUACAGCACAGCAAAGUUCCCCAUGAUAAAAUUAUGACUCCAUCUGUCAAAGUGGAAAAGAUUCAUCCAAAGAUAGAUGGUGCCCAACUGAAAGCUGCUGUUGGUCCAACUUGUUCUACUACUGUGACUUCCUCAAUAAAGACUGGCCUUAAUUGUCCCUCAAUACCAAAGCCACCCUUGCCUUCCCCUGGACAGAUACUGAAUGGUAAAGGUCUUCUCUCUGUGCCUCCGUUUUUGGAAAAGAAACCUGAAGAAAAUACAAAUAAUAGGAAAUUUUUACAUAAAAGAUUGUCAGAGAGAGAAUUUGAUCCUGAUAUAUACUGUGGUGUCAUAGAUGUGGAAACCAGGAAACCUUGUACUAGGUCUUUGACAUGCAAGACACAUUCCUUAACCCAGCGGAGGGCUGUACAGGGUCGAAGAAAACGAUUUGAUGUGUUAUUAGCUGAGCACAAAAGCAAAACCAGGGAAAAGGAGCUUCUUCGACAUUCGGAUCAUCAUCAGCAGAUGCCCCCUCUCAGGGAACCACAUCCCUCACCUACUAAAACUUCCCAGGAGCUGCACCAAAAUUCUCAUGGAGUUACUCUUACAGAAUCAAAGCCUUUAUUACCUAACAAACCCAAACCUCACCCCCCCAGUCUUCCAAGGCCUCCAGGCUGUCCAGCCCAGCACAGUGGAAAUGCCCCUAGUGAGUCUCCUUCUGUCCACGAGUCCCCGCACCCUCCCUUGCCUGCAGCUGAGCCAGCAUCUCGGUUAUCCAGUGAUGAGGGCGAAUGUGAUGAAAAAGAAGAGCCUGUUGAAAAACUGGAUUGUCAUUUUUCAGGUCAUCAUCCUCAACCAGCCGCUUUUUGCACAUUUGGUAGUCAGCAGAUUGGAAGAGGUUAUUACGUGUUUGACAAGCGGUGGAACCAUAUUCGAUGUGCACUUGACUUCAUGUUGGAGAAGCAUAUUAAUUCACAGAUGUGGAAGAAAAUUCCUCCAGCAGCCAGUAACACAGCAUCAGUUCGUGCACCUCAUCGGACAAACUCGACGCCUGCUUCGCAGUACGGUGUCAAUGCAGCAGGUUUCCUCUUACCCACCACGGUUAUGUCAUCGCCAGCAUUGGUAUCUCCUUCUUGCGUGUCUCUGAAUAAUAAAUCGGUACCAUCACAUGGAACAACACUAAAUGCCAAUCCUGCUACUUUGGGUGCAGUGGAUCCUGUCUGCAGUAUGCAAUCAAGACAAGUGUCUUCAUCCCCUUCAACACCUACAGUGCUUUCCUCUGUACCUUCACCUAUGCCCAGCAAACCUCAGAAAAUGAAAUCCAGCAAAUCUUUUAAACCUAAGGAAUCUUCUGCUGGCAGUGGCACCUGUAACAGCACCGGCAGUGUCAGUAGCAGUGGUGGCUCAGGAAAGAAGCGUAAAAAUAGUUCCGCACUGCUAGCACCUUCUCAUUCCACGGAAUCCUUUAGGAAAAACUGUGUGGUUAACUCUGGAAACUCUGGGACCUCCUAUCAUCCAUCAGUGACAGCUUCGUCCCACAGCGUUGGCCUCAACUGUAUGACUAGCAAAGCUAACUCUGUUAGCCUCAAACAUGACCAAUCAGGGAGGGGUCCUCCAACUGGAAGCCCUGCAGAAUCGAUAAAGAGAAUGAGUGUGAUGAUGAACAGCAGCGACUCCACGCUCUCCCUAGGGCCAUUUGUUCAUCAAUCCAGUGAGCUGACUGUAAAUUCACACAGCAGUUUUUCACAUUCGCAUACUUCCCUUGACAAAUUAAUAGGAAAGAAAAGAAAGUGCUCACCUGGUUCAAGCAGCAUAAACAGCAGCAGCAGCAAAGCAAAUAAAGUUGCCAAAUUGACAUCGGUGAACAAUGUUCAUGCAAAACACACUGGUGCAAUCCCAGGGACACAAGGACUGAUGAACAAUUCUCUUUUUCAUCAGCCAAAGGCACGUCCCUGAUAGCUGGAUGCACCACGGUGAGAAACAAACUGGACACUUUUCACUACAAGCAAAACCUCCAUCUGGAUUUCUGGACUCCAAGAUGCCUUGAGUUUUCCCAACUUCCCAUGGUCCUCAGGUGUGGAAAUCUACUGGACUGUCACUUAAACAA